UGUUUUCUAAUAGCUUCGUACUCCGAAAGUAGAGGUCAAAGUAAUAUAACUCUUGAUAAGUCACAGAGCUGUCGUCAAGUUGGGGUCAAAUUUAGUCACAUGAUGUGGCUCAGCGUCUCUUCCAUAUCAGAUUUCCCUUUCACAAUUGUAAGAGAAUUGAGUGGAGAAGUUGCUAAGGUUAUUUUGUAAAGCAUAAGGAUAAUAGUACAUAUAAAAAUCAAGGUCUAAAAGAAAUGGGGGCCCACCAUUGGGUCCUUGGGCCCAUCAUCACUUUAAUGUUAGCAGUAGCAGCAGCAAGGCCACCUAAAUGUGAACAGCCUCCUUUAUGGUCCAUCGAUGGCCGUCAACCAUUGGUGGAAUCUAAAGGAAACGUGACUGUACUUGCAUUGCUACAAGCUUCUUGACAGUUCUGUCUGCUGCAGGCUCGAAGCCUCGAGUUCUUGCAGCGACACUUUAGUAACCACGGUAUGGAUGACAUCAAUUUCAUGAUUGUGAACUCAAAUCUGCAGCAUGCAGUUUUGCUUAGAAGAGAACUGGAGAAUCGUGUUUCCUUCGACGUUUUCCAAGACAACCAUGAAGUUAAUGUUUGGAACAAAAUGGAAGGUGGAAAGGACGACGUCUACAUCUACGACAGGUGUGGUAGGUUAGCAUAUUUCAUUCCUUACCCACUGAGUGUUAUGGCUUCUGCUGAUAGCCUAGUACCAAAGGCAAUUAUAGCUACAUACCUUCGAAGUCCAUGUGGCGACACUUGUGAAGGAAAUAGCUCUUUUGCAGACAAUGAAGUUAUAGACCCUUCAAACAAUGCAACUUCCAACACUGGAAUGGAACAACAAAAUAGUACACAUUCUCACCAUUCCAAUGAAACAAACGACAUUCCAACCAAUGAAACAGAUCCUUCAAGAAACAACAUUGUUAAUUUAUUUUUUAAUACUUCAAAUAAUAGUUCAUCUACAGACACUUUAAAUAAUCAAGACGUUAUUGAAAGUAACCAAACAACGUCCAACGACAGUAGUUCUCAAAACGUCCCUGCGAAAAAUGGUAGGUGUUUAGAGGCUGACAUUCAAGUUUGCAGUGAUUAUUCCAAACGAAGACUGUUGCGGAUCCAAUCUUGUUGUUUGUCAGAAAAUAGAGAAGAUUUGGCCUGCAGAAGCUUCACGCCGAAGCGAUGCAAAAAGAUGCAAACUGUCAUCAAGUGUUGCAUCAAAACCACCAUUUCUGAUACGACGACUGCUGCCAGUGCAGAUGAAUUCGAGACAGCCACUACCACAGAAGCGCUUGAACAGGCAGAAACAUCCACGGAUUCUGAAAAUAGCAUACGGACUGGAGCGAGCAUGUGACAAAAUGCUCCCUGACAGCCCGAGUCGGGACCGCUUAACGAUCCCGAUUCUCAAAGACCGUCUGAAUCAAACAUGUGAGAAAAUGCUCCAUGACAAAACGAGUCAGGGCCUGCUAACGGUCCCGAUUCUCAAAGGCCGUCUGAAUCAAACAUGUGAGAAAAUGCUCCAUGACAAAACGAGUCAGGGCCUGCUAACGGUCCCAAUUCUCAAAGGCCGUCUGAAUCAAACAUGUGAGAAAAUGCUCCAUGACAAAACGAGUCAGGUCCUGCUAACGGUCCAAAUUCUCAAUCAGAAUCGAACUUGUAAGAAAAUCCUCCCUGACACCAAUAUUAGAAAAUUAGUUUUUGUCAUAGUGCAUAAAGAAAGACAGUUCUGGAAUGAAGUAUUUGGAAAUUGUUCUGGCGAUUUUUUCAUAUAAAACAAUUCAACUACAAUUCAACCCUCUGAACUAUACCUUCAAAUGAUUUGAACAAUUGGCAGCAACUGUUUCAUUAGAUUUUUGAAAAUGUUUUUGUUUAACUUAAACAGUUGUUUAACUUAUUAGCAUUUGAAGACAGAUUAUUUUUUAAAACUUUACAAUGGUGAUAAUACCAUGUUCAUUAUUUGAAUUAUCAAAACAUUUAUAUCCUCUCAUAAUAUAUUCAUUGUAAAAAUAAUACUAAUAUGGAUAUGCAGCAGUUAUGUAGAGGUUCUUUUUAUUUAAUCAAAUGUGUUAGUUGACAGAAAAAAAUAUUCAUUCAGUUAAAAUAUAACCGUAUUACCAUGUUUUGAAUAUCAGCGUUUUUGAGUAUCUACGCAAUAUAAGUUAGAAUUAUUUAUGUAAUAAACUACUAAUAAAAAAUUAUAUUUUUACAUUAGAUUCUGUAAUACUAAACUUGCUAUUUAACACAUACUUAAAACUAACCUUCAUUUUAGUGAAAUUGUAAUUUAAGAAUUUUACAACUAAAUAUCAACUAAUGUAACUUUAAAUGCAAUGACAGUUUUGGUAAUGUAAUAGCUGCGGCAAUCAAUUUCAAAUUGAAGAAAAACAAUCUUUUGGAUUACGUAACAAAACAUAACGGGAAUAAAAUAAAGCCUAAAAUAAAAGUUUUAUCUAUUUUUUUUUUAAGAAACCGAACUAUUUGACAAAUACUUCGUAUUUCCUAGAAUGUUAGAAAAUCUUCAAGGAAUGUUGUAAAUGAAAACGACGAACGAAAUCUGAAAGGAGGUUCUUUGUUUGAUGGCUUUUGCACUCCAAUGAAGGUAUUUCUAAAAUUGGAAAUAAAUCCAGAACAAACACAGGUGGGGAAUCAUAUAUCCAAGCAAACUAAACACACAUAUAAACUUAUGUGAGAGAUGAGUAGUGAUUGAAAAAUAAAACUUUUCCUCGACUAUUUUAAUAAAAAUAUAAGUAAGAUAUUUUAAGUUGUUCUAAUUUUGAUUUGAAAAGUAUAUGACGGCUUAAAAAUCUCAAAAUUCAAAGAGAGUGAAGAUUAAAGUAAUGGAAUAUAAAGCAUAUACUUAAUUUUAUCAGAUUUUUGUUUGUGUCAAUGAAAAAAUAUAUUUCAAUGUAGCUAAUACAAAGUAUUAUUUAUUAACUAAAAUUUAACUAUAAUAAGUUCAGUAAAUAUUAGUGUGUGUUCAUUUCAAUACCCGCGUGCUUCAUUUUUAAAGUAUCAUAUAUAAUAAAUUUUUAAAAAAAAUGAUAAGUCUGUAUGUUUAGAUGUAAAAAUUGUCUUUAACAUUUAUUAAAAAAAAACUAUGUAUGUUCGUGUCAAUGUAAUAAUGUAAUAAUGUUAUAAUGUGUUAUGUUAUUAUGUUUAACUGUCUUUCUACAGAAAGAUUUUCAAUUUUAUUUAAUGUAAUUUUUUUUAAAUUCUGGAUUUUUGUAAAAUAUAGAAAAUCAACAUUAUUAUACACUGAUGUAUUGAUAUCAAUAUAUAAUAGGUAACACUAUAUUGAUAAUAUGAUGAAAAAUAAUUCAAACGUGCAGUGCAAAAGGUAUGAUUUGUUUUAAAACUAAGUUUAUUUCUCAAUUAUGAAGUUCCCAAAUGAAAUAUCAGAUAAGUUUGGGGACUGAUGAAAUAAGAAAUAAAAUUUUGAGAAAAUUGUGACUACCUUUGUAAAUAUUGAAUGUAUACAAUAUUUUAUUUGUUAGAAUAACUUUGUAAAAGCAAAUAUGAUAGUUAAAUAAUAAAUUUUUAUUAUGA